AUGACGGACAUCACGCCGGACUUCAAUGUCUGCUUGAAAGGCCUCGAUGUUCCGCCAGUGCUGCGCGUCGAGCACGACAUCACCAAAAUCAACAGCUUCCUGCAAGAAGCAUACAGCAUCAACGCGCGCAUCUCCGACCUCACCCGAGAACUCCGCUCCAUCCGCACAGCCUACGUCUCCACCGCCCCUCCAGCGCGAAGAAGACAAGCUCCAAACGCCAGCAACACCGCGCGCCCCCUCACGAACCCCGAGCGCGAAGCCAUCGACGCCCAAUCGAAGCAACUCCUCCGCCAGUUGAACGCGGCAAUCACAAACCUCAAACAAGUGGAAGAUGUGCGAAAGCAGACGGCCGACUCUGUCGCGCUGUCCAAGCGCGCAAAAGGGGGCUUGGGGGCGUUGGGGAGAUGGGCGGCGGGAGGUGCAGUGACCGCCAAAUCGCCUGAUGAGGAGCUGGAUGAGGCCGGGAGGAAGACGGUGGCGGCUGUGCGGGAAAGCAUUAUUCUGUUUCUGCAGCAGAAGCUGGAGGAGGCGGGCAGGGUGCAGAGUGAGAUGAUGGAGGUCCGGCUGAAUCGCGAGGUGGAGAAGAGCAAGUCUACGCUGUAUAAAGCCGGGGGCACACUACCAGGGGGCAUACCGUACGCCAACGACGACGGAGCCGUAAACGGCAUCCCAUCCUCAUCACCAACAUCGCGCAACCGAAAAUCCGCACACGGCCUUCCACCCAACGACCACGCAGCCACAAACCCCCAAGACCCCCAACUCACUCCCGACCAACUCCAACUCUUCGAAAGCGAAAACGCGGACCUGCUGCGCCAGUACGAAGACCAGCUGGACCAGGUGCGGCAGGCGGAGAAGAGCAUCCUCGACAUCUCCGAGCUGCACUCCACCCUGCACGCCAACCUACAGCAGCAGAGCGAGCACAUUGAGCAGCUGGUCAUGGACUCGUACCUCACGACGGAGAAUCUGGGCAAGGGGAACCGCGAGCUGAAGACGGCGAGUGAGCGCAAGAGCACGGCGCAGGCGGUCUUUUGGGGCACCGUGGGCUUUUGUGGGUUUCUUGUGGUGUGGGAUAUGAUUUUUUGA